AUGGACAUGCCAUCUUCAAGUUCAACCCAUGUUGGUGCUGCUUCUUCCGCAUACAGAGGAGUCCGCAAGAGAAAAUGGGGCAAGUGGGUCUCCGAAAUCCGCGAGCCCGGAACCAAGACCCGAAUCUGGCUCGGGAGUUUCGAGACGCCGGAGAUGGCCGCCGCCGCGUACGACGUGGCGGCCUUGCAUUUCCGUGGCCGCGACGCCAGACUCAACUUCCCCGAGCUCGCGACCACGUUGCCGCGCCCCGUGAGUAACAAUGCGGACCACAUCCGCAUGGCGGCGCACGAGGCGGCGCUGAGGCUCCGGACCAACCCCGCCCCGCCGGAGACUGAAGGCGGAGGCGGUUCCUCGACGGCCGCUCCGCUGACCGUGAGACUCUCCCCCACUCAGAUUCAGGCGAUCAAUGACUCGCCCAUGGACUCGCCUCAGACGUGGAUGCAAAUGCCGGACACUUUCAUGAUGCACGAUCAAUCCAUGAUGUUCGCGAAUGGGUAUGUUUUCGAAGACAACGAGUGGGAGGAUAUUCAGAAUGAUUCUCUUUGGGAUCCAUAG